UCUCUCUGUCUUCUUGUUCGCAUGCUCGAAAAUACCCACAAAUCCGCUCCAAAGCGCGACCCCAAGGCCAUUGCAGAACCUUCCCGAACCUUGUACGCGGACGACCCGUCGCCGCCUCGGGCCGCCUGAAGCUGGGCUCCGCCGCCGCCGCCGACUGCGGGGGUCCACGGCGUCGCGUGGCUCAUCCGGGAGGGGCCUUGCCGGGGAACCCCGAUAAGCCCGCCGUACGGACAGGCGGGCGGGAGCUUACGACAUUGACGGCGGGCCGCGGGAAGGAGGGUGGGUUUUGGAGUCCGGCGAGCGGCGGCAAUGGCCGAGAGAGAUAGCGGGGGCCGGAGCUGCGACAAGGGCGUCGGAGCUGAAGACGAGGGGAGUACGGCUCCUCUUCCCGAAAAGGUUCAGGUCGGUGGUUCGCCGUUAUACAGGAUAGAUAGAAAAUUGGGAAAGGGUGGUUUUGGUCAAGUAUACGUUGGGCGAAGAGUUGGUCCAACUUCGAACGAGCGAACUGGCCCAGGGGCUAUUGAGGUUGCGCUGAAGUUUGAGCAUAGAAGCAGUAAAGGAUGUAAUUAUGGACCGCCCCACGAGUGGCAAGUAUACAAUGCUCUUGGCGGAAGUCACGGAGUACCGCGAGUACAUUACAAGGGGAGGCAGGGUGACUAUUAUGUCAUGGUUAUGGAUAUGCUUGGGCCUAGUCUAUGGGACGUAUGGAAUAACAACUCUCACUCCAUGUCAACUGAAAUGGUUGCCUGUAUUGCGAUCGAAGCAAUCUCCAUACUUGAGAAGAUGCACUUCCGAGGAUAUGUGCAUGGUGAUGUAAAACCUGAGAAUUUUCUGCUUGGUCCCCCAGGAACACCUGAAGAGAAAAAGCUGUUUCUGGUUGAUCUUGGCUUAGCCACCAGGUGGAGGGAUAGUUCGACAGGCCUACACGUUGAAUAUGACCAACGUCCAGAUGUUUUUAGAGGGACAGUUCGGUAUGCCAGUGUGCAUGCUCAUCUUGGUAGAGUUGGCAGCAGGAGAGAUGACUUAGAAUCACUUGCUUACACUCUCAUUUUUCUUUUGCGUGGACGUUUACCUUGGCAAGGAUAUCAGGGAGACAAUAAAGGGUUCCUUGUCUGCAAAAAGAAGAUGGCGACUUCCCCAGAAACACUCUGUUGCUUCUGCCCUCAGCCUUUCCGACAAUUUGUUGAGUAUGUGGUGAACUUAAAAUUCGAUGAGGAACCCAACUAUGCUAAAUAUAUCUCUCUCUUCGAUGGAAUCAUUGGCCCUAAUCCGGAUAUUAGGCCGAUCAAUACUGAUGGUGCUCAGAAGCUUGUCUGUCAGGUUGGACAUAAAAGAGGACGAUUGACACUGGAAGACGAAGAAGAUGAACAGCCAAAAAAGAAGGUUCGAAUGGGGAUGCCUGCUACACAAUGGAUAAGUGUCUAUAGUGCUCGUCGACCAAUGAAGCAAAGGUAUCACUACAAUGUGGCAGAUAUGCGGUUAUCGCAACAUAUCGAGAAGGGAAAUGAGGAUGGGUUAUUUAUCAGCAGUGUGGCUUCUUGCUCUAACCUUUGGGCCUUAAUAAUGGAUGCUGGCACCGGCUUCUCUGCUCAAGUUUAUGAACUCUCACCCUGCUUUCUUCACAAGGAGUGGAUCAUGGAGCAGUGGGAGAAGAACUACUAUAUUACUGCAGUUGCAGGAGCUAACAAUGGCAGCUCAUUAGUUGUUAUGUCUAAGGGAACUCCAUAUCUGCAGCAGUCAUAUAAAGUAAGCGAUUCAUUUCCCUUCAAGUGGAUUAAUAAAAAAUGGAGGGAAGGCUUUUUUGUCACAUCGAUGGCUACUGCUGGGACCAGAUGGGCUGUCAUCAUGUCCCGUGGUGCAGGGUUUUCUGAUCAGGUUGUGGAGCUAGAUUUUCUCUAUCCUAGUGAAGGCAUUCAUAGAAGGUGGGACGGUGGCUACCGCAUCACAUCAACGGCUGCUACUUUAGAUCAGGCUGCUUUUAUCCUCAGCAUUCCUCGAAGAAAGCCAGCAGAUGAAACCCAAGAGACCUUACGAACUUCUGCUUUUCCUAGUACACAUGUCAAGGAAAAAUGGGCAAAGAAUCUCUACAUUGCUUCAGUAUGCUAUGGUCGGACUGUUUCAUGAGCUACCAAAUUUUGUCCUCACCGUUGGAAUAUCGAUGAAUCAUUUGGAUGAUCGGCAUUCGGCUUUUACCAUCUACCACCCACUUACGAAACGGCAAAACAAAUCCAAACCAUAUGGAUAGUUUAUGAGUGCCAAAAGUAUAUUUCAUUAUUCAUCGCAACACUUCUAAUAGAAAAGACUCUGCACUGUCUCAAUCAUAUUAAAAUGCUUAUUAGAAAAUGCCGUCAUUGUUCUAUCAUGAGGCGAAUAUUUUGAUGCUCCCCGACUAGAAUUUGUAUAUGUGGAAGAUAUAACUUGGUUGAUGAUGCAGUGCAGGUCGGGUCUUGAUUGUAAGUGGUACUUUUCAAGUGUUCAGUUGUGAUGCUUCAGUGAAGCUGCAACUUUCUAAGCUAGACGCUAUGUAUUUGCCUCUGUAGGACUCAAGCGUCUGUGAUCUUCAUCCUUUUUCUGAGCUCAGUGAUUUUGAGUUACCCAUCAGAGAAAACCUACAUAUAGGCUGUCAUUUGUAUUACCAUCAAAUCUUUUUGUUCGGCUUCUCUUUAAUUUUGAAGCGGUUAUUCUGCGAU